UGGCCCACGCUGGCGUUGUACUCAAUGCCACUGAGUUGUGCACCGAAACAGUUGGUGAUGGACCAAGUGGACUUCAUCUCAUUGUUUCUAAAAGACGAAGCCGGCCAGGAAACAGUCUCGGGCGGGCGAGUGAAGCCUCUGGAGCGCGCCCUCCCCCGGGCCUGCCCCUCACCCACUGAGCGAAACCUCUGCCAACUUCGCUGCGGGCCAGCACAGCCCCAGCUCCUGCCCGGAAGGGUUUGUGGCCGGGGAGAGCAGGCAAACCUCCUCCAGCCUUCCUCUCAGCGGGGUCCGGCCGGGCCGCCCCGGGGGGUGACCCCAAAGGACAGUCCAUCGACAACCUGAACAAAUGGGUCCUGUUUCUGGUCUCUCCCUUCGUACUUGAAGCGGAACACAUAGCGUUUGUGACAGAAAGCAUUUGGGAGCAAGGUGACAGUUUACAGAGACCGACGUCUGCAGAAACACUUGUCAAGUGGUCAGACUGCUGCCUGCCGUUGGCAUGCCGGCCUGGGGAUCCCUACCAGGUCAUCGCUGAAGCCAGUGUGGACGACUUUAGCAGGCUGGGGGUGGCGUUCAUGGAGGACAGGCUCCGGAUGGAGAACGGGCUAGUGCCCCAGAAGAUUGUCUCGGUAUACUUGCAGGACUCUGCUCUACAGGAACUCGCAGACCAGGCCUCCUGCGGCCGGGCCGCAGCCCUACUGCCCCGCGCAGAUCUCUCCCCAGAGACGGAGCCCACCCUGGACGGGAAAGACAGUUCGGAGGCCUCUGGAGAUGGCACCUCUGAGCCGAGCAGUGAGCCCACUGGGGACAGUGAGCCCGCGGGGGACAGUGACCCCCAUGGCCUCACCGAGCACCUACACCUGCACCUGUCCAGCUGCCAUGAGUGUUUGGAGCUGGAGAGCAGCACCAUCGAGUCUGUAAAGUUCGCAUCCGCUGAGGACAUUCCCGAGCUUCCCUAUGAUGCCAGCGGUGGUCCACAGGCAGCCUCCAACGGGCUCAGCCAGGAAAGGGCAGGCAGGAGGGGCAACGCCGUGGGGAAGGCACCCAACAUCCUCCUUUAUGUGGGCUCCAGCCAGGACGCUCCCGACCAGCUGCAGCAGGUCCAGGCCCUCCUGGCAGACUGUGUGGACACUGACCGCUACCUCCUGUACCCGCUGCCAGAGGACAGUGCUCGCAGGGAUCCAUGGCUGGACCACUGCGUGCUGCUGGUCAUCGCCACGAGGAAGCCCAUCCCUGAGGAUGUGCACCAGAAGUUCACAGCCUACCUGGCCCAGGGUGGGAAGGUGCUGAGCCUGUCUUCAUCCUUUCUGCUCGGUGACCUGCGGAUGACUUGCAAGGCUGCGCUGCAGAGUACCGUGCAGAACUUGGUGUUCUCUAAGGCUGGAGGGGGUGACCUGAGGCUCAGCGCACUGAGCAGCGGUUGUGUCUACAAGGAUAGCCCCGAAGAGAUCCUCGGCCCUGACAGGUUGCAGGGCCACCUAGAGAAUGAGGACAAGGACAGGGUGAUUGUGCAAGUGCCUUUCGGAGACUGUGGCGGGGAAGCCAUCCUUUGCCAGGUGCACUUAGAACUACCUCCCAGCUCCUCUGUGGUGCAAACCCAGGAAGAAUUUAACUUGCUCAAGUCAAGCAACGUGAGCCGGUAUGAAGUCCUUAAGGAGAUCUUGGACGCCCUGGGCCUGAGCUGCGGUACCCAGCAAGCUCCUGCCUUAACCCCUCUGCACUUACUGACGGUCGCUGAGGAAAUCAGGGGCCCAUUUAUGCAGUGGCUUGGGAGGCGUGUGGAUCCUGAAGGAGUAAUAAAAUCCAGCAAACUCGCCCUUAAAUUUGUUUCAUCGUACACACCGGAAGUGGAAAUCACUCCAUCUUCUGUACCUGUGGUCACCGACACAGAGGCCUUCUCAUCAGAGCAUUUUAACCUGGAGAUCUAUCGCCAGAAUCUGCAGACUCAACGCCUCGGGAAAAUAAUCCUGUUUGCCGAAGUGACCACCACGACCAUGAGCCUCCUGGACGGGUUGAUGUUUGAGAUGCCGCAGGAAAUGGGUUUAAUAGCCAUCGCGGGCCGGCAGACUCAGGGCAAAGGGCGGGGGCCGAACGCAUGGCUGAGCCCCUUGGGAUGUGCCCUCUCUACGGUGCUGCUGUCCAUCCCCCUGAGGUCCCAUCUGGGACAGAGGAUCCCGUUUGUCCAGCACCUUAUGUCCCUGGCUAUCGUGGAGGCGGUGCGGUCCAUCCCCGAGUAUCAGGAUAUCAAUCUGCGAGUGAAGUGGCCCAAUGACAUAUAUUACGGAGACCUCAUGAAGAUCGGUGGUGUUCUAGUUAACUCAACACUUAUGGGAGACACAUUUUACAUACUGAUUGGCUUUGGGUUUAAUGUGACGAACAGCAACCCCACCAUCUGCAUCAAUGACCUCAUUGAAGAGUACAACAGGCAGCAUGGCACAGAGCUUAAGCCCCUGAGGGCUGAUUAUGUCAUCGCCAGGGCCGUGACGCUACUGGAGAGACUCAUUGACACCUUUCAGGACAAAGGGCCCGAUGGCGUCCUCCCCCUGUAUUAUAAAUACUGGGUGCACAGUGGCCAGCAAGUCCGUCUGGGCAGCGCUGAGGGCCCGCAGGUGUGGAUUGUGGGCCUCGACGACUCUGGGUACCUGCAGGUCCACCAGGAUGGCGGUGAGGUGGUGACCGUGCUACCCGACGGCAACUCUUUUGACAUGCUGCGCAACCUUGUGCUGCCCAAGCGGUGGUAGUGGGGCCUGGACGGGCUGGCGGAAGCCAGGCUGGCUGUGCAGGGCCUGGGGGCGCAGCAAGCAUUCCGACCUCCCGGCCACCUUCAGGACCUGAAAGCUCCUGGAGGGUUGAGGGUGAUUUCUUUCCCCCCUGCCUUUGUUAACUCUAAUUUUUCUGGUUCUUAAAGAUUUUGCUGUUUUGCUGGGUGUCUGUCUGGAGAUGCCUCCAGAUAGAAGGUGGACAGAUGAAAGAUUUAGUUCAGGUAAAGCCCCCCUGGGUGUGAAAUCACCCCUUCUCUUUGAACUUGGAUUUGUGUUUAUUAGGGAAAAAAAAAUUUUUUAAACAUGGAAACAGCAAUGGUAUUCAAAUGAUUUUCUAGUGGCAGAGGCUUUUUUAGCCCAAGCUAUUACAAAAUCAAGUCAGAAGUGCUCCAGGUGCAGGCCAAUGGUGAGCUGGACAUUUGCAGGCUCCCAGGGAGGGAUUCCCAUGGAUGGAAGAAGCAGCAUUGCUUGCAAUGGUCUGAGAACACCCACUGACCUGUGCUUACUGAUGCUGGAGUCGGUCCCCUAUCCUGACUCUGUCUUGGGAACGGUCUUUCCUGCACUAUCUGUGUGUUCCAGGCUGGCCUUGAACUGUCUGAGUACUCAGGGCUGGUCUCAAACUCACAGCAAUCCUCCUGCUUCAGCCUCCCAAGUGCUGGGGUGACAGGCUUGUGCCACACUGGCACUGAGGCAUUGGUUUUGAAAGUCCUAAUUUUUUUUGCUCCUUUCUUCUGCUGCCAAGAAAAUGAUUCUGAUACUGAAAACUAUCAUUUUGGAGGAAGAAUAUGGGUGCCUGCCUCCAUGUGAAAUCUGAUGUCCUCAGAGUCUCUGUGGCGGAGCAGACAGAAGGAAGCCUUGAUGUUUGCUGUUUGCAGAUGCACGCCGUGCUUUCCCCACACAGCUCCUGUCUCUCCCAGGCUUAGGGAUCACACCACUCCCUUAGCUUCAAAAGCUCAUCUGUGUUCACUCAUCUCUCUUCCAGCUGAAGUCAGGAAAGAACUCCAUACGACUCCAGGUUCACAGAGAACCCCAAACUGUAACCAGCACCAUCCUCCUACAGGUCCUGUGUAGGCCCAUUCCAGGGACACGUGCGUUCCAGGGUAAAAUCCACCCGUGCUCUUGAGCCGGACACAGACAGCCCUGCAAGAAGCACAGAGCUCCACGCCUGGUUAAGCACGUCACCCCGAUCUGUGUUUUUUGGAAAUGUAACCGUAAAAGGACUUCAGAAGUCAGUUUUGCAAAUCAGGCCUCCAUUAGGAUUUUUUUUUUUUUUUUUUGAGAAAUCACUCUCUUCUAAAUACUGACUUAGUUGCUAGAGUAUUUGAGUUGGUAGUUUUCUUCAAAUUAAAAAAUUAAACUUAGAAAAAAAAUAUCCAGCCUGGUGACCAGGUCUUCUCUGGAAUUAAUGAAGAGUCUGAGUGCAAGUCCACACCGCCCAAGAUGCCCAGACCCGCUUGCCCGGGGAGGAGGCGUCUGCAGCAGUGUCACCUGGCUCCGGGGCCAGCACAGCCACCUCAGUCCAGAGCUGCUCGAAGCAGGCGGGCCUCUCUCAGAGCCGCGGGCUCGGUUGCUGAAUUUCUUUGGGGAAUUAUUUAAUGAAAAACAUACCAUGUUUUGUUUUAAGCUGAAAGCUUAUUCUAGAUAGUUUUGCUUUGGGGAAAAAAUUAUCAUUUAAUUUCCUUUCUGUAAAUGAAAACUGAUGAAGUGUGGCCAUGUCAAAGUACCCCGAGAUGUCCUGUGUGUGCCACUUGGCCCCUGAAGUUAGGUUGGGAGAGGUGUUCUUGCAUGUGCGGGACAGCCAGGCAUCUUGGGAAAGACAAAAAUAGGCUGAGCUCUGCAUAAACCUGGUUUGCGUCACAUGAACCAAAGAGUCUUGAAAUUUGGCUUCAUAGAGAAAACGAAGGUGUUGGAGGCUGGAGCUAGUGGGGUCUGCUGCUCCUCUGCGCUGAACAGCUAGCGUGUCCGUGUACUCAGGAACCGUAGUAACUUCAUGGGGACUUUACCUUUUCUUUGUCAUCCUUGAAACAGGGCCACCAACCUCAGGAUCACUGCAAGCACUUACAACAGUGGGUUAUCCUUUUCCAGUUCAAAGUGCACUGAAAGCUUGGCAUGGAGGUACACACCUCUAACCUCAGCAUUCUGGAGGCUGAGGCAGGAGGAUUACUGCGCAUUCAAGGGCAACCUGGGCUACAUGGUGCAUCCAUGUCUCAAAAAUCCAAUAAAUACAUAAAUAAAUGAGGUGCAUCGAGCAUCUACCAUGUUUAGCUGGAAGGCACAGGGUCCCCCGGGUAUGGAGUGGAGGGGCAGCGAGCUGUGGAACAGGAUGCAGUAGAACAGUUUCCUGUGGCCCUGCUGGCAUGGCUUGGGGCCUGGUAGGGCAUUGAGCAGGUUCUGUAGGAAGGACCUGUGCCCAACAGGGAACACUGUAGCACACUAAUGGGACCUGGCUUGGGGAUGUGGGGGCCCUUGGAGGCCAGGGAAGUCCCAGGGAGGGAGCCUGGCCUGGCCCUAGGCUCCUGCCUUUCUCUGGCUGCUGUGAGACCACAGUGGGACACAGUCUCAUGUCCCUGCUCAUCACUGUGCUUCUGGAAAAGAAAGCAGGUGUCCAACCCUGCGUUUCCCUUCAGCUUUUUAAAGUCUCUUCUGAAAAGAAUCAUGUGAAACCAAUGCCUAUAAGAAGCAAGUCACCAAAAUAAACCAAAACUCUGUGGUUUGA